AUGACAUUCACUUUGGUAGUCGCCUUCUUAAUGUUAGUCUGUACGGAAUACUUAGGACUAUCUCUUUAUAUUAAUGAUAAUGCAUUUGGUAAUGGACUUUUCAUCUUAACUGGUAUACAUUUUAGCCAUGUUAUUGUUGGAGCUAUCCUUGUAUUCUUCACUCAAAGUAUCUAUAGUUCUUUAGUUACUUACAUGCCUACAAGCUCUAUAAUGCUAAGCAAAUCUAAAGAUAACUCCAUACCAGUGAACCGGUUUGUAACUCCGCUUCAUAUCGUACCUGAAUGCUAUGUCGAAUUAUCGCACCCAGAUAACUCCAUACCAGUGAACCGGUUUGUAACUCCGCUUCAUAUCGUACCUGAAUGGUACUUUUUAGCAUAUUAUGCGGUGUUAAAAGUAAUCCCAUCCAAAACCGGUGGUUUGUUAGUAUUUAUGUUAUCAACAUGUCAAUGA